CCGGCGUAGAACGAGUCCAUGCUUGCUCCGCUUCGAGUACAUCGACAAUUGCUCUAAAUCAAUGGAUCAAGUCUCAUUUUAAACAGCCACSUCCAGUUAGUCAGCAGGAUGUCCAGUUCGGACGUGCUAGCCAGUCCCGGCGGCGUGGACAUGUCCUCCUCUCCCAAAUCACCACUGGCUAAAACCCAACAUCCUGACAAGGACUCCAAACCAGUAACCAAACAGAACCCUGUCCCUGCRUCCCCUCCCCUCCAUYGUCUGAAGCUGGCUCCCCACAGGGAGCUGGAGCAGGCGCAGCAGAGGGGCAGGCUGAAGUGUUCUAGCUGCGGAGGCUCCCGGAUGUUCUUCUGCUACACCUGCUGCUCUUUAGUGGGCGUCAGCCAGCAGGAAAUCCCCUCCGUCAAGCUCCCUAUAAAGAUUGACAUCAUCAAGCAUCCCAGUGAGGUUGAUGGGAAGAGCACAGCCAUACAUGCCAAGAUCCUCGCCCCUGAUGAUGUCACCAUCUACACCUACCCCUGCAUACCUGAGUAUGAAGAUGACACAGACAAAGUUAGUCAGCUUUUCCUCAUGUGAACAAAUAUUCAGAGAACAAUGUGAGCCUGAUUAACAGUUUGUCUACCACGUCAUAUACAUAAAAAUGUGUCAUUCUAACGU